AACCAAAAUUUCACAGAGCGCCUCAAAUGACCAACCUGCCCUUUCCUUGAUCAUCUUCUCUUCAAGCUGCUUCUCUCCCUAAUAAUGGCAAUUUUGUUCAAUUGAGACUCUAAUCUUCAGCAACUCACAAGCAGUUACUUCUCUUUUGGACUUAACUACCCUCCCCAUUCCUCAAAUUUCCUGUUUUGCCCUCCAAGCCCUCCAAAAACCCAGUUGUAGCUUUACUCAAUCAGAACGGCUCAUCUUCAACAUCUUUCAAGCUGAAAUUGGAUAAUCGGAAUUCAAUUAGCUUAUUUUUGAACCAGGUUGAUUCUGAUUAACAAAUGAUAAUGGAGGUGGAUUAUGUAACAAGUGACAUAUUGGAGGGUGAAACUAUUGAAAUUGAUGACAACAAUGAUAUUUAUAAUCUUGAGGGUGAGAGGUGUGGGAUAUGCAUGGACAUAAUAUUUGACAGGGGAGUUCUUGAUUGCUGCCAACAUUGGUUUUGUUUUGGUUGCAUUGACAACUGGGCUACAAUCACAAACCUUUGCCCACUUUGCCAGAAUGAGUUUCAAUUGAUCACAUGUGUUCCAGUAUAUGAUACAAUUGGAAACAAUAAGGUUGAUGAUGAUUUGGUUUCCAGGGAUGAUGAGUGGUGUAUUGAAGGGAAGAACAAUAGUCUCUCUUUCCCAUCCUACUAUAUUGAUGAGAAUGCAGUUAUCUGUUUGGAUGGAGAUGGGUGCAAGAUCCGAAGCGGAUCAGUAAAUUUGGAAGAGGACUCUAACUUGGAUACCUCAAUUGCCUGUGACUCUUGCGAUGUCUGGUACCAUGCCUUCUGUGUUGGCUUUGAUCCUGAAGGUACAUAUGAGGAUACCUGGUUAUGCCCAAGAUGUGUUGCUGGUGAAGUACCACAGAAAUCUGAUGUUACCUCAAUACAAAGGCCAAGCAGCCAGUCCGAUCCAGAAAUUUCUCAUCCUAAUUCUUUACCUGAGGCUACUUUUUCCAAGAAGUUGACUGUAACUAUUGCUGACGUUGGAGAAACAGCUCUUGUCAUCUCAAUGGUGGAUGACAUCAAGCCGAGUGAAGAGGCCAGUGAGAAAUUUUAUUCAACUCUUGGAGUUGACGAGGACCUGAAAAUCGAUGCAGCUGAUGGUGAUAGUCUUAAGGGGGAAACACCUUCUAGCGUAAAGACUGAAAUUCCAUCAAUCUUGGAGGGACAUGAACUUGACCUCUCCUUAUCACGUGAUUCAUCCUUCAGCCAACUUUCCACUCCCUCGGUCCUUAGUGAGUCUAAAUCAAGUUGUGACGCAGUUAUGAAUCUGCCAAACAGUUCUCGCGUUGUUAAAAGUUGUUUGAGAAAGUUGUCGAGUGACUCCAGUGCUGAAAACAAAUUGUCUGAAAGUGAAACCAGUAUAGGUCUUAAUCUUGGAUUGUCUGUCAGUUCUUUAUUCUCCGUUGAUCAAAGGAAGAACAAUGGAACUGAAGAUCAAGGGACUGAAGAUGUACAACAGGAAACUGCUGCAGAACCUUUAUCAGGAGAUGAAAAGAUUCCAUCUCAUGGUAAUGAGGAGGCUGUCAAAAUGAUUGGCUCAAAAAGAAAGCAUACAGAUUGCAGUGUUGGUGUUCUUAGGACAGCUGCUGUUGAGGAAGAUGAUGGUGGGACUGAAAAUGCUUCUGGAAAGAAACGUAGAACCAAGGACAAGUUUCAAAUGGAAUUUAAGGACCAAGCUAAUGAAUCUCUUCCCGAUGAUUCUCAUGGUUGUCUUUCCCUAGUAACAGUUUCCAAAGAAGUGAAAUCGAAAAAAUUCACAGAAAAGGAAGACAUCAAACCUGAUAUAAUGAGUAUAGUUAAGGAAAUUAGACGCAAACCAAGUCAGGGUCUUGCUGAUAAAUCUUUAAAGGAAAGAGAAAAUGCAGCUGGCCUGAGAGUUAAAAAGAUCAUGAGAAGAGCUACAGAAGACAAAGAGUCGUCUAGUGUAGUUCAAAAACUUAGAGCAGAAAUUAGGGAAGCUGUGCGUAAAAGGACCUCUGAAGAUGUUGGGGAACACCUCUUUGAUCCAAAGCUUCUUGCUGCUUUUCGGACUGCUGUAGCAGGACCUACAACUGAAGCUGUGGAAAAACUACCACCUUCUGCUCUGAAGGCAAAGAAGUCUUUGCUGCAAAAGGGUAAAAUUCGUGAAAAUUUAACAAAGAAAAUUUAUGCCAAUACUAAUGGAAAAAGAAAACGAGCGUGGGACCGGGAAUGUGAGGUUGAAUUUUGGAAGCACCGCUGCAUGAGGACAACAAAGCCUGAAAAAGUUGCAACUUUGAAGUCAGUUCUAAACCUCCUGACAACGAAUCCGGAAGGUUCAGAAGUUGGAAAGGGAUCUGAGUGUCAGGGGGAAAAUCCCAUUCUUUCUAGGUUGUAUUUAGCAGAUACUUCUGUUUUUCCAAGAAAGAAUGAUAUAAAACCUCUCUCAGUUUUUACAGCUUCAAGUAAUCCUGAGCAGAAUAGAGGACAUGUCAUUUCAACAGAAAAAGGUCAAAGUUCAUCUUCUGAUGACCGUACACAAAAAACAACUGAUGCAAGUAAAGUUUCUUUGAAGGUUGGUGUUCCUUCAGUUCAUGAUAAAGGUUCUACAGAUAAAGUUCCAAUCCCCAAGGGUAAAGCUGCUUGUAGUAAAGCUCAUUCUGAUGUAGCCCCACUGGCUUCAUUAGGGGGUUUGAAAAUCAAUUCACAGAAGGAAACAGGUAAGGAGUCUGAGGUUAAAAAAGUUGACAAAAGAAAAUGGGCUUUAGAGGUCCUUGCAAGAAAAAAAGCUGCAGCAGGAACAAAUGGAAUGCAAGAAAAACAGGAGGACAAUGUUUUACUUAAAAAAGGAAAUUUUCCCUUACUGGCUCAACUGCCGAUAGACAUGAGACCAGUAUUGGCGCAAAGUCAUCAUAAUAAAAUCCCUGUGUCAGUUAGGCAGAUGCAGCUUUACCGUCUGGCAGAACACUUCUUGAGGAAAGUGAAUUUGCCAGAAAUCCGCCGGACAGCAGAAACAGAGUUGGCUGUUGCAGAUGCAAUCAAUAUUGAGAAGGCGGUCACUGAUAAAUCUAACAGCAAGUUAGUAUAUAUGAACCUUUGUUCCCAGGAAAUAUCACGUCGUGCAGAUAACAGCGAGUCGGUUAGGGUCAAUGAAUCAAAUACUUCAUCCAUUCAAUUAGAGUUGGCUGAACAAUCAGAAGAAGCUAGUGAACUACCAACUGAUCCUGCCAUCAUGGAUGCAUUAAAGAAUGCAGGACUUUUAUCUGAUUCACCUCCAAAUAGUCCAUGCCAUAAUAAGCAAACUUCAGACGAGCCAGGCAAUUCCCAACUGCAGAGCAAUGAAGAAGGGCCUGAAAAUGUAUUUGAAAUGGACUCUCUGCCAGAGGUGGAUAUUUAUGGUGAUUUUGACUAUGUCUUAGACGAUGAAGACUACAUAGGUGCUGCUGCUAUUAAGGACCCAAAGCUACCGCCAGAGAUCGAGUCAAAGAUGAAAGUAGUCUUCUCAACUCUUAAAUGUGAAAGACCAGAUGAUGUUCAAGAUUUUGAAGAUAGUAAACUGGAAGUGACUGAUGAAUCCAAGCUUCCUACAGCCAAACUGAAGGGUCACAUUGAUCCAGGCAUCAUCAGCUUAUCAACAGAGGGUGAAAAUGAUAACUUUUGUAUUCUUUCAGGAACUUCGCGUGGGGAAGAAUGUGCAGAACCUUCUCUUGCAGAGUGUGAAGAACUAUAUGGCCCAGAGAAGGAACCACUUGUGAGUAAAUUUCCAGAAGAGACAUCAAAACAAGUAAAUAGGCUGAAUGAUGUUGGAGGUUCAGCUGAAAAACAAGCAUCUGGCCAAGUUGAGCAGAAAAUUGUUGGAUCUGUUGGUCGGAACUCGUGCAAUGGGGAAAAUUCAACCAGCCAUUCAGGAACAAGUGAGAACAUCCCAAAGAAGGAUACAUCUAAAAUUGACUCGAAUAAAGAGAGUGAUGCUAUCUGUUCUGUUACGAAGAAGGUUGAAACUUAUAUCAAAGAGCACAUCAGACCACUCUGUAAAAGUGGUAUAAUCACAGUUGAGCAAUAUAGAUGGGCUGUUGCAAAAACUACCGACAAAGUUAUGAAAUACCACCCAAAUGCGAAGAAUGCUAAUUUCCUAAUCAAGGGAGGCGAGAAAGUGAAGAAACUUGCUGAGCAGUAUGUUGAGUCUGCACAGCAACUAUGACUGCAGUCGGACAAUCAAUCUCAACUCUUUCGGGGCAAUCAAUUGGUUUUUCUAUUCAUUAAAGCUGCUGAUGCCUUUUUCCAUUUGGUUUUCCAAGCUCAUUUACAUUCUAGAUAUGUGCAACCUGCUUCAUCUCGGAUCCUGAUGUCUCGAGCCAAAGGUCGAUUUUUAGAUUUCACAUCCAUGUAGAUUAUGUCAUAGGUUAUUAUCGUAUAUGACAUCAAAUUAGUUGAUCAGCUGCUCGUCCCUCGCCAGAAUUUCUUUUCAGUUGAAUCCAGUAGACGUUUCAGCCAGCAAUAUGAGCUGAGCAUGUAGUGAGGUAAAUGUGUUGUAAAGCAGGCAAAGCUGGUGGUGAUAAUUUAAGGAGGAUGAGUGGUGCAAUUAUGAUUAAUGCAGUGUACAUAUGAUUAUGACGAAUUAUAAAUAGAUACUUCUCUCAGAA